CUGCCCUGUGCCUUUCAGGUCCUCGAGUUCCUGGACUUGAGUGAACGCGGUGCUAAGAGAGUCCUGCAAAUCUUGUCAAGGCACCUGCGGAGCGAGUGCAGGGAGAGGCGUCGCCUGGCACUCAGGGCCCUUCUCGAGUUCACUGACGAGCCCUCCAUGACCAAAAAAAUGUGGAGCCUGACUGAAAGCCUUGUGGAGCUCCUGCAGGACACAGAUGGAGAGAUAGUUUGCAUGACGGUCAUGCUACUCAGCUUUAUUAUUUUGGACAAUGACACGCUGAUAGCCGGCCCCAUCACACUGCAGCUGGUUGAGGCGCUCCUGCCACUCUUUGACCACGACAAUAACCAGGUGCAGGUGCUCUCCAUACUCCUCUUCCGAACAUUGGUGACGCUUCCACAGAAAAAGGAAAAAAAGGCCCUGAAGACACCCCUGCGCCAGAGCCUGCUGCCACUCUUCUUCCACUGCCAUGAUGAGAAUCGGCUUGUGGCACAGGUUUCUCAGGAAACGCUGCUUUGUGUGGUCGAGUUCCUGAAGAGGAGGGAUCUUGAAAAACAGCUGAAGAACAAGAAGCUGUGGAAGUUCACCAAGUGCCUGGUAAGGAGGGCCUGGAAGCCCCAGCCUCACCCGCUGCUGCACCCCGAGGCCGUGCGGGCUCUUCUCCAGGCUCCUGUGGGCCCGAGCCGGGAGCCGAUGGAGCCGCGGCCCGGCGGGGCUCUGGCAGAGGACAGGAGCCGAGCGGCCGAGCACCUGCGCCGGGCCCUGCCGUACCUGCGGAACCCACAAGAGUCCCUGCGAGCGGCGGCCAUCAGGUUCACCGCCCUUGAACACCUGGCAGAGGACAUCAGCAGUGCCGUGUCAGACGCGGCACUUCAAACAUUGGAUGUCCUCCGGGCACUACAGAGUAAGCGAUACUCUGUCUUCCAGAGGCUGCAGGAUCAGCUCUGCAGGGCACGGUGGACACGGCCUCGUCUGUCGGGGCUGGGCUGCCUGCGCUGCUGGAGCUCUGCAGAGAGCUGA